ACUUAAAUUUUGGGGUAUGCGUGAUGAGAUCGCGUGACUUGUCACUGUACACGCGUGGGGACAUACGGAGCGGUCAGCAGUAUCGUGGUUGAAAAAAAAGUUAUCAAAGAUGGCGGCAGUUGGUAUCGAAAGUGUGCCAGGUUUACAACAACUUUUCAAAGACAUUUCUCCAAAAUUUAAAGCUGUAGAAUCAGAAAGUAUCGUGAAAACUUUAAAAAAGAAUUAUGGAGGGAAAUUUGAUCUGCUGGAUAGUCACGAUCUGAUGAAAUGUUUUCAACUUCUUGAAAAGCACGGCUAUGUGUCUGACAACAAACUUAACCUAAUCGAAGACUUCGUUGCUACAAAAUCUGACCAGGAGAAGCUCAUUAAGAAAGAUAUAGAUCGUUUCAAGGCCUCACGUUUGGGUAAAGGUGAUCCAGAGAAGGAGUUAGAAGGACGGAGUGAAGAAAUCAAAAUAAUUAACAAAAAACUGGAAUCGAAAGACACCGGAGUACUAAACUUGUUUGGGUCGUCUGGUGUAGGAAAGACAAAGCUUGCCAUUGAAGUUUGCUCACAGUGGCGAGGGAAUUAUCGUGUUUUUGAUUUACGAGAAGCAAAGGAUAUGAAAGCGAUCUAUUACAACAUGCUGCAUUCUCUCGAACUAGUAAUCCCAGUUGGUCGUGUUGAUCAAAAUUAUGUUGUUACCAAAGUUCUAGAGAAGGUUGAAGAGUUUAAAGGUGAGAAAGAUGCCGUUCUAUUUAUGCUGGACAAUGUAGACCUCUUUACCGCAGGAAAAGGUAAAGAAGGGAAAAACU